AUGGAUGUUAAAACAGCUUAUAUGAAAGCACCUAUCGACCAAGAGGUCUAUAUUGAGCAAACCGAAGGUUUCGAGAAGUUAGGUAACAAUUGCGAAAAGUUAGUGUGCAAACUAAGACUGUCAUUAUACAGACAUAAACAGAGCGACAAAAAUUGGAACAAUUUAUUGCAUAACAAUUGCAUAACAAUUUAUGAAAGAAAAUUUUACUUGAUCACUUGCAAACCUGUGUCUGUAUGUUCGCACAACUGACGAUGAGCGAUGUAUUAUUGUUAUCAUUUGGGUCAAGGACAUUAUCAAUGCUGCUAGUGAUUCCAAUUUAGUUUAGAUUCAUUGAGCAAUAGAUUUAAAAUGACUGACCUAGGAAAAUUAAAAUGGUUUUAGGUACCGAAUUUAAACACAGGGGAAACUGUAUAAGGAUCAAUCAAACCUGGUACAAUCAGAAAAUUCUUUCAAGAUUCGAAAUGUCUGAUUGUAAACCUAAGCCAACUCCAUGCAUUUUAGGGACUGCGAAAGUUUCAAAUGAAAAAUCACCUGAAUUGACAGAUACAGGAUUGUAUAGGGCAAUUGUAAUACGAUUGAUUUAUGUAAUUACUGGAACAAGACAUUGUGUCGCAAUUUGCUUGCAAGAGAACAUCCUGUUUGACUGUAAAUUGACCAAUCUGUGAUUUGCUGAAGAGUUAAUGUUCAAAGGAAUAGUUGGGAUUUUGUCAAAUGAUAACAUUACCAGCUGGAUAGUGAGAGAAUCUCUUUAUGUGGUAUCCAGACUGAUAGUAGAAAUACCUGGUUAAACAGGAAAAUGUUCAAAACAGUGUAUCCCUACUUAGCAGUGAAUUGUUAAUUUUGCCAUUUUUAAGGGUGAAGAGUUUAGAACAGAUUUUAAAGACCUCUCCUCACUAAAGGCAUUCUCCCUGUUGGUUCCAACUCUGGCACUGUGACAGCAACUGCUUCACCACAAUUGUUGGUAAAGUUGGAAAAAGCUUGAUGCUUGCCAGCUGCAAAAUUGUGUCUGUCAACCCAAACAGGAGGGAUAUUUAUUUGGAGAAAAAUGUUCAACUUAGCAAUCACCAUGGCAGUGAAAGCUACAGAACCAUCCUUGAACCAAUUGCUCAGCAGUUAGUCAUUCAAAAAGAAAAAUACCCAAUGACAAUUAUAUAUUUGAAUUGAAGUAUUGUGGCUAUGCAUAUACUCUCUAUUUGAAAGAAUCCUGAACGAGAACCAGUAUGUAGGAGAUUCAAAGGAACCAACAGGAAGACGUUUUGCCCAGUUUCACAACCACAAACUGACCAUAUGAAAAAGGAACUUAUAACAGAGAUAAAGAAAGCAGACUCAAGGGAAACAGUUGCCUUUGCAAUAUCUGCACUCGGAAUGGGGGUUGAUUCACCAUAUGUUACAAGCAUCAUUCAUAUUUCGCCUCCCAGUUCACUUGAAGCCUAUAUGCAGGAGAUAGGGUGUGCUGGCCGAACUGUGGGCAUACAGGCUGGAGCAACACAGUUCAGUAUAGAAUUAUAUCAUAGUUAUAAUUAUACUUGCCUGGUGACAUAUUUUCUAAAAAUAGUCUAGCAUAAUAGAAAUUACACUUCACGUUUAUUUACAUUUGUUAGUAGUUUUGCAGUCCAACGUUAUUUAAGUUUGUUUAAAAUUAUGCCUCUAAAAAAGAAACGCUUCAAGGUAGAAUGUCUUGUUUGUCAUGCUAUAUUUGAUUCGGACUAUCGAAAGAAACACAACGAAUUGUGCCAAAGGUUGUAUUUAGCUCAAAUGGGUCCGCAACAACCCAAACUUUUCAAUACUUUUAUGACAGAGAAUUUAAAGAAGUUCUUGAUAUUCUAAUCGCACAGUACAAGGACAAUAUAAAUGCAAGUUUGGAGAAGCUGAAAGCACUUUCCAUAGUCCUCCAACCAGAAAAAGAUGUGAAAGAUCUUCUCAACUUAUUCCCGCUUCAAGCACCAGACCAAGCUGCGUUUACUGCUGAAUUUGAAGUUUUUGUUAACUUUUUCCUGUUGACCAGUCAAGUUUACAGACUUGCCCUGACAGCUCCUGUGACAGUGAAUGAAAGAACAUUCAGCAAGCUAAAGACUGUGAAAACCAUUUUGCGCAAUUCCAUGUCGGAUCAUCGCUUACAAAAUUUAAUUUUGCUAAACAGUGAAAAAGAUAUUACUGACAGUGUGGACCUAGACAUACUAGUUGAGAAAUGGUUUAUGAAAACCAACUGA